UCCAGUCAGCGUGCGCCUGUAUCUGAGGUGAACUUCAGUCAUCACAAAACAAGAGCUGCCUUUCUUAUCCGACCACAGUAUUUACAACUUCACACUUCGGGCCAUGUUGGCAUCAUGUGGCGCAAUGCAUGAAACCGACCGAUCUGCGCAGGCGUGAGAGGACGGCGCAAUAAAAGUGACGGAUAUUACAGGUUGGCGCACAAAGUAAUGAGUGACAGUAGCGCUGUGUCAGUGCGUCUGUCUGAGUAUUAGUGCACUGGGAAGAGAGGACAGCCCGACUGUGAACCAUGUCGACACCGGGGAGCGCCAACAAGGGGCCAACCCAGACGGGGACGAGGCGGUUCAUCAGCGGAGUGGUGGAGGGUUUUUAUGGGCGGCCGUGGACUAUGGAGCAAAGGACGGAGCUUUUUAAAAGAGAACAGAAGUGGGGUCUGAACACAUACCUGUACGCACCCAAGGAUGACUACAAACACAGGAUGUACUGGAGGGACUUGUACUGCGCCGAGGAGGCAGAACAACUCAUCGCCCUGAUAUCAGCAGCCAAAGAGCACGAUGUCGAGUUCAUCUAUGCAAUCUCUCCCGGCCUGGACGUUACUUUUUCCAACCCCAAAGAGGUUGCUGCCCUGAAGAGGAAGCUGGACCAGGUGAAGGAGUUUGGCUGCAGGUCCUUCUCCUUACUGUUCGAUGACAUCGAGACUGAGAUGUGUGCAGCUGAUAAACAGGCCUACAGCACCUUCGCCCACGCUCAGGUGGCCAUCACUAAUGCAGUGUACCAGCACCUGGGAGAACCCGAGACCUUCCUCUUCUGUCCCACAGAUUACUGUGCUUCAUUCUGCACUCCCACUGUGUCCCAGUCCUCUUACCUGCACACCGUGGGGGAGAAGCUGCUGCCUGGGAUAGACAUACUGUGGACAGGUCCCAAAGUGGUGUCCCACAAAAUCUCAGUUGAGUCAAUUGAAGAGGUGUCCUCAGUCCUGAAGAGGGCACCAGUCAUCUGGGACAAUAUCCAUGCAAACGACUAUGACCCCCAAAGGCUUUUCCUCGGACCCUACAAGGAUCGUCCCACUGAGCUGAUUCCCAAACUGAGAGGAGUGCUCACAAACCCCAACUGUGAGUUCUACCCGAACUUUGUGGCCAUCCACACUCUGGCCACAUGGUGCAAAGCGUUCCCUGAUGGAGGACAGAGGGAUGUAGAAAUGGCAGGUGAUGAGGAGCAGGACCGCUGCUACAGUCCGCAGAAAGCCCUGACCCUGGCCCUCACUGACUGGCUGCAGGAGUUUAUGAGCGCCGACCAACCCGGAGCUCGUCUCAAGAAGGAGUCGUCGGAAGAGGAGCCAAUGCAGACAGACAUGGGAGAGAGCUAUGUUCCUGGCCCCGAUGAGAACCCGCUGUACACGGCCGAGCCCCUGACCCUGAACGACCUGAAGCUGCUGUCGGAACUUUUCUACCUGCCGUACGAACACGGGGCGACGGCCAGGACCAUGCUGCAGGAGCUGGACUGGCUCAAGAAUCAGAGAUCGGCCGCCGCAGCAGAGACGGAUAAGACAGCAGAGUGGUGCUCCAGAGCGCAGCAGUUUGACGACAUGUGCGAGGCGGUGGUGCAGAUGUUCAACCGUCUGUCCAACGCCCCAAACCGCAGCAUCCUGUACGACCUCUACAACUACAUCUGUGACAUCAAGAGCGGGGUCGGUCUGGCUCGAGCCUACAUCAAAACACUGAGAGGGCAGCGUCCACCCUCAGCCCAGGUCAUGAACAAUGAUCCUGAACCCUGGGGCUUCAGAGGAGGCCUCUCUGGAGAGUUCCAGAGGAUGCUGCCUUGCCAUGGCAACAGGGACCUGUUCCGACAUCCUCCCAUGACGGAGGUUUACUGCAUACGGCCAUACUGCCCCGAGGACAAGAUGGAGGUGCAGAGGGUUUUCAGGGAGAUGCAGAGUGCAGGAGAGGGCAAAGUCCCGCUGAUGGCGCAGCCUCCACUUGUCUGUGAUGUCCUGUCAGAAGGUGAAAUCUCCCCAUCACCUCAGUGUGCUCUCAUCCUGGAGGAUGAGAUUGGGGUGUGUGGCUACGCUCUGGGUCUCACCGACGCCAAACCAGCCACAGCCAAGAUUCAGAGAGCAGUAACUGAUUCAGUGCUGGAGGACUUCCCUUCCUUGGUUACCAUCCAAGUGCUGCCCAGGGUCAUGGAUUCCUCUCCAGCAAAUCGUAUGAUCGGUCGGUUGUUGUCCUCCAUCAGGAGCAGUGGUUCCAGGGGAGCGUUUUGCGAGCUGAGGCAGAGCGAUCGCAGGAUGCUCGACUUUUACACCAAACUUGGCUACUUCAACCCCAUUAAAAUGGCCGGUCUACCUCAAGACAUCAUUGCCAUGGGAACAAGCCUGUGAGGAAGAUCAGUCUCCUCAGGUUUGAGAUGUUUUGGGAUACUGCGAAACAACUGUCGUCAUUUUUCAGUUGAUCUCACAAUUUGUGUAAUUUAGCUGUCAUGACCAUUUAUCCGUGUCUUCACACAUUAUUGAAGGAAAUGCUUAAUGAAAAUCGUGUAACAAAGUAUUGUGUGAUAGUAAGUGUAAUGUUAUGCUACUGACUUUGUAGACAUGAAAUUUGUAAAAUGUAUAGUCAUUAUUUUUUAGAUCAAAUUGCACAAUAAAGGGUUGACUAGA